CUUGCUUCCUCAUCAUCACUGCCUGCCAUCGUCACUACCUCCCGUCAUCCUCCUUUAUCACUACCAUCCAUUAUCUGCCUCCCCGUCAUCACUACCUCAUCGUCACUGCCUCACCGUCACUACCUCCCGUCAUCACUACCUCCCGUCAUCACUACACUCCCGUCAUCACUGCCCAUCAUCACUCUGCUCCCAUCAUCUCUACCUGCCAUUAUCACU